UUGGCGUUCAGUGUGGUUCGGACGCUCCGAUCCUUUGAUUCAGUUUCUUUUGUUUGUGGUCUGUGAGGACACCCCCCAACACUAAGCAGCCAUGGAUGCCAUCAAGAAGAAGAUGCAGAUGCUCAAGCUCGACAAGGAAAAUGCCUUGGACAGAGCAGAGCAGGCCGAGUCAGACAAGAAGGCAGCCGAGGACAGAAGCAAACAGCUUGAGGAUGACCUGGUGGCACUGCAGAAGAAGCUGAAGGCAACUGAGGAUGAGUUGGACAAGUACUCUGAGGCCCUGAAGGAUGCCCAGGAGAAACUGGAGCUCGCUGAGAAGAAAGCCACAGAUGCUGAGGGUGAUGUAGCUUCCCUGAACAGACGUAUCCAGCUGGUUGAGGAGGAGUUGGACCGUGCUCAGGAGCGUCUGGCCACAGCCCUGACCAAGCUGGAGGAGGCUGAGAAGGCUGCUGAUGAGAGUGAGAGAGGCAUGAAGGUCAUUGAGAACAGGGCAAUGAAGGACGAGGAGAAGAUGGAACUGCAGGAGAUCCAGCUGAAGGAGGCCAAACACAUUGCUGAGGAGGCUGACCGCAAAUAUGAGGAGGUGGCCCGUAAACUGGUGAUUAUUGAGAGUGACUUGGAACGUACAGAGGAGCGUGCUGAGCUGUCUGAGGGCAAAUGCUCAGAGCUUGAGGAGGAGCUGAAAACUGUGCAGAACAACCUGAAGUCUCUGGAGGCUCAGGCAGAGAAGUACUCACAGAAGGAGGACAAAUACGAGGAGGAGAUCAAGGUCCUGACAGACAAGCUGAAGGAGGCUGAGACUCGUGCUGAGUUUGCUGAGAGAUCAGUCGCCAAGCUUGAGAAGACCAUUGAUGAUCUGGAGGACCAUCUAUACAAGCAGCUUGAGAAAAACCGUCUUCUGACCAAUGAACUGAGAGUAGCCUUAAAUGAGGCAUAAACUCAAACAGCCUUUUGUAUACUUUAACCCCUCCAAAUCCUAAAUGACUAGGCAAUGUUGUCAUUUAUAAUGUGUCAUGGACACAAAUCUCCAACCAAGAAAUGCUCAACAAAGAUAAAACUGUAUAAUAUUCACAAAAUGCAUGCAAACUGUGGUUUCUGGUGGAAGGUCAGACAUCAGUCUGAAACAUUUUGGAAUGGGUUUGGUAUUUUUUCUUGGUUAUUAUCAGGGCUGUAGUGCAUUUGUUGUAUUGGCAUUUGCUUGGUGCAGUUGGUUACUUUAGCAGGGAAUGGACAAGUGUAGUCACAGCAAGGUCAACUUUGUAAUUUGGGAAAAAGUAAUUGCUGUCUCAGAAGUUUCAAACCCCACACCAAGGCCUUAGAUAUGAGCAGUGAACAAAUCUACCAAAUUAACAGCUUAGUAAUACAGGACAAGGAGAAGAGCGUUCAGUUUGGUGUAUCUCAGUGAUGGGAGAGGUGACAAUGUAGCAGUUACUUCUGCUGUAAAACAAAUAUAACAAUGUGCCUUUCUGAACUACUGCAAUUCUCCACUUACUAGACUCUCUUUGGUUCAACAUAAAAACACUGACCUGUAACAGCAAAUAAAGUUUAAGAGUAAUGCUAUCAAGAGGAUUGAUUAGUUUCUUUUAUGUUUAUCUAGUAAAAGUGUAAUGUUUUUUAUUGACCUUUCUGUAGCAAUCUUAGAGUGAUGUUGGAUGUUAUGGUCCAUUAGCAUAAAUAAAUAAUGCAGACUAAUUCAUUUCGGUCCAUUUGUCUCAUAAAUCCUUCUCACACAGUGGUUGGUACAGCCCUGAUUAUAGCCUGAGUAUUGUAUUUAAAGAAUGAUAGUUUGUAGUAACCCACAUGGUAUUGGAGAAGAGGAUUGUACUAACUUAACAUUAACACCUGUUAUGGGGAAAUGAAAUGCAGAACCAAAAUCCCUCACUUCAAGAGGUUUUUAACAUUAUCAACAUAUAUCUAACAUAUCGAACAAUAACAUACUGGGAUGAUGCUCUGUCUGUUUUAUGUCCUGUGCUGUUAUUUUAUGAUUUUAACAGAUGCGAUGCUAUAUUAACAGAUAAACUGACACGUGCUAAAGAAGAGAGCCUGAGCGUAAAGCAGACGCUGGAUCAGACUCUAAUGGAGAUGAUUAACAUUUGACCCAGCUCUGUCCCCCACCUCCUUAUCUUCUCUGAGCAUGGCUGCCUCCUGUACACUGUGCAGCCGCUGCAGAUAAUGUGGGCCUUUGUGUUUGUGUGUCUCUUCGACCUCGUCAUCAAGAAAAAAACAAGCUUAACACAAGGUAGCACAAAUGGUUCAUCUGCACUGUUUCCACACUGUACUCAAACAGCAGGUAAAACUCACUGUUUGUCUUUAAUAGGUUUACAUGUAUAUGUUGGGAGAUUUUGCACUUUUUUGGGAAGAGUACUGCACAUAAUCAUCAUGAACAAAGCCAUACGUUAAGCCAAGGUUAUAUAAAAGGGACUUUUAUUGUGUGUAUUUUUGUACAGUCGCCUGUGUCCUUGUUUUCUGUGUUAACAUUUGUUCAGUGUUGGUAAAGCAUACUUCCAGUUUAGCAGAGAAGGAAUUGUUAUCACAGUCACUUGAAUGUACUGUAAUAUGUCCAGCUAAAUGAAAAAUGUUUGCACAUUGUACUUACUUUUCUGUUAAAUGUAUAAAUUUUUUUUCAUGAGAACUGA